GCGGUUUCCUGAUUCCAACAGCAAAACGUGGACAGGGCGCACCUCUGCAACGGUGUAGAGUCUGGAAACAUGUCUUCAUAGAGAGCGGAGUCCACCGUAGACUGCGAAUUAUGAUUGCAACAUGACUGGACCACUCAGAUGAAGAUGGGGACAAGCGCUGGAAGGAGUAGUGGCGAUCAGUAAGGGAGCCCUGGGCCGAGCACUGCUGCCGUUUCCAUCAGGGUCGUGCCGGAGUACGUGCUGCAUCAUCCGAAAGCUCACGUAUUUGUUUGGCUUUGGCAUUUGUGGAGAGCUUUGUUGAAGACUCUAGCACAGAACGCGGGCUCUGUGUUUGGCAGAAGAAUCAUCCGGGUCUCACUGUGAAGUUGGAUGCUAAGUGGUUGGAUAGGUUGCGUCAGACGCUUACAUUGUGCAGAUCAUAUAGAGCCGUCUGCAGCAGACGACUCAUCAUCUGAGCUGCAAGCAGGCUUGUCAGAGCAGCAGGUGCAAGGGUAGUGACUGCAAACUAGGUCUUUCGUGUCGCGUCCUAAACUGGAGUGGUCAACCCCGUAAUUUAGGAGAGCAGCGCUCCCUGGGCACCGCUUGCUUGUUGCAUGACAGGUUUGAGCAAACGCACUGCUCCGCUUGGUGGGAACUCCUUGGGUCCACUUUGCCGAUUAAAUCCAAUCUUCACGCCGCAGAAACUGAGGUUGCUCGGUGACGUCAUUGCGCAGGAAGAGUCUGAGAAGGCCUCCUCCAAUCGUCAGGAUCAGCCCUCCUUCUUUUCCGGCAGAGGCGCCCAUGCCUCGGCACCAGCUGAAACGCAGGAACAGACAAUGGUGGUAGAGACAAAGGCAACACCAUCAAACGGGGCAAAACUUGAAGUUAUCGAUCUCCGAGGCAUCUCGGACGGCGAGGACGCCUUCCCACAGAUGAAGCAGAGUGGGAAAAAACACGGCCCGGAGGGCAAGAGUGCGUUGGGCUUGGAGCGAGGCCGCCUGGGGCGCAAGCUGAAGAUGGGGGCCGAUCAGUCAAAAGUGAAGACCGGCGGUAGCGUUUCAAAAGGAGGGGCGAAAGGGGGAACUCCUGUCUUGAAGAAGAAGAAGGACGAGGGUGCGUCUGGUCUUCAGAAGCGGGGCCCGGGGCGGCCCAAAAAGGAGGACGAAUCUCAGAAGCGGGGCCCUGGAAGGCCUCGCAAGGAAGAGGAGACGCAGAAGAGGGGGCCUGGGAGGCCUAAGAAGGAAGACGAGGGUCAGAAGAAGGGCCCUGGGAGGCCCAAGAGGGACGAGCCGAGCCCAAAGGGUGGGGCAGAGAAGCCUGCAUCUGGAGCAGAGAAGCCCAAAGCUGGGGCUGACAAGAGGGGUCCUGGGAGACCGAGAAGGGAGGACGAGAAGACGAGCAAGGGAGUGAAGGGGAAGCCUGGACGGAAGCCCCUUUCUCUCCAGCUAGCAAAAGAGAAGUCCUCCCCCAAGGGCAGUUCUGUUGAGAAGCCUGGGAUCAAGAGAAAGGCAGCUGCUGAAGAGGGGAGUGGAGCGAAAGGGACAUCUUCUCCUAAGGGCACUUCCAGCGAGAAGCCUGGUCCCAAGAGAAAAGCUUCUGAAGCGGGGGAUGGAGGAAAAGAAGCGAAGAGGUUGAAAGGGGAGAAGGGAGAGGCGAAGGGGCGCUGGCCAGGUAAAGCUGGUGAGGUCCAGGCAAAGCCAGGUAGCUCCAAGGCAGGGUUGGCAAACAAGGGAGAGGGUUUUAAGGGGGUGAAAUCAUCCGGAAAGGGGCCGAAGAAGAGUGCAGAGCCGGUAAAAGCUGUGCAGGUUUCUGCAGCCAAGAAGGGGGGUGUCAGAGCUGCAUUUGAAGCCGUUCGGACGCUGCGCAACUCGAAGGUGCUGGGGACUGCCGGUGCAGACACCGAGGGGACCAAGGAAGAGGAGGGGGCGCAGCAGAAGAUGGAGCCACAGCUGAGGGGCGACGAGAAAGUGGACGAAGAGGUGGAGAAAGGGGCAGAGGAUGCAACUCCUGGGAGCGGCGAGGGAGACGCGAAUGAGGCGCGGAGCUCUGAGGCUACCGAGAGUGAUAGGGAAGAGGCGCCCGGGGCUGAGGAAGAGGUAAAGGGACCAGUGCAGAAUGGCGUGGCCGCUGCGGAGCAGGAAGACCAGCCUCCAGCAGAGGCCCCAGCGGAAAGGAAGUCUUUUGUUCAGGCGGCCCUGAGCGGGCUCUUUUCGCGCUCGAAGACAGCAGAGGUUGGGACUCUGGAGUUGGUAGUCGAACCCGAGUUACCGCGCGAGGAGAAGCCAGAGGAGGAGCAACCCCCUGUGAUGGAUGCGGAUGAGCCGGGGAAAGACAAGCAGGGGCUCCCUCAGGCUGUGACAGCUGGCGCUGAGGAUGAGACAGCUGGCGCUGCCUCAGAAGAAGGGGAAAAGAAGAGCGGAGGAGAGGAGUGCUUGAGAGUUGAGCAGCUGGAAGAGGCUCCUUCUGGAGAGGGGGUGGCAGUGGACGUGAAAGAAGCGGGCCCCCUCAUUGGAUUGGCAGAGACCUAUGCUGCCCCCGUGGCCGAAGCAGAGGCGAAGGCUGCUGAGUCAGAGGAGGCACCGGUAGUGACUGUUGAUCAGGAGCCUUUGAAAGAGGAAUUGAUUGCGACCGAGAAGGUCCAAGAGGAAGCUCCCGUUGCUCCUCCCCCGAGCACGGAAGUUGCCGAACCGGUGUCUUCUCUUACCCCGGAAAAGACACCAGCUGCUGAGGAGGGGGCUGAAGCCAACGUGCUCGCAGAGCCUGAUGUUGCGAGUAAAGAGGAAGAGGGCUCCAAGUUGGUGCUCAGGCUGGAGCCAGAGGAAGGAAAAGUUGAUACGGAAGAAAAGGCUCAGGAGGGGAGUAAAGAGAAAGCGGUGCUUGAUGAUAGGGGGGAGGAUAGUGGGUUGGAGAAGAUGGGGGAGGAAGUGGAGGUCGGUUUGGAGGUAACGGGGCCAGAGAGGGACUCUGGAUUCGGCAGCCGGCUGGAAUCAAAGCCGCAGGACUGGGGGGGCGAUAAGGAAGGUGGCAGCGGAGCAACACCCAACAGUGCUGAUGAUGGAACGGGGGCAGACAAAAUAGCUACCAGGGGGCUCGGAAAGAGGGAGAGGGUUCCGGUCACCCGGUUCUUUGAAGAAGAGGAAGCUCCCCAGAGGGCGAAGGCUGAGAAGCCGGCGACCAAGACCAAGGGUGGCUUCAAGUGCGACAUCUGUGGCAUGGUCUUUGGAAACGGGCAGGCUCUUGGCGGUCACAAGGGUUCCCACAAACUGACCGACGCAUUCCCGGUGAGACAGCCGCCGCCGAGCGACCCCGAACCCCCCCCCGCUCCCCGGGGCUACGAGUGCGACCUCUGCGGGCUGGUCUUUCCCAACGGGCAGAAGCUCGGGGGCCACAAGAGCUCGCACAAAGCUGUGGAAAGUCUUACUGCAAAGCCGCAGGGUGCGGCGGUCCCUGAGGUCAGCGCAGUGGGCUUUACGUGCGACAUCUGCGGGCUGGUUUUUGCGAACGGGCAGGCACUGGGGGGGCAUAAGGGCUCGCACAAACCUACCGAUGCAUACACGGAGGAGGAGAAGCGUGCCAACACCAAGAAGGGCACUCGGGGCCCCUUCCAAAAGGAGAAGAAGAGCCCCAAGUCCCCCCCGGUCAAAGAGCGCCCGGUUGAAGAGUUCGUCCCGCUUGGCUGGCCCUGCGAGAUCUGCGGGCUGGUCUUUCCAACCGGACAAGCGCUGGGUGGCCACAAGGGCUCCCACAAAGCCACUUACUACUACACGGAUCUCGAGAAGCCUUCCCCGCGGCCCCCUUCAGCCGCGCCCCGCUCCGCCCGCCUCCUCCGCCGUUUGGAAGAAAAAGCUAGCGAAGGCGACGCGAACGCCGACGGCGGCUCUUCGGACGAGAACGGGUCGCUGCGCCGCGCGAGGCUCUCCGCGGAGAAGAGGUCUGACGGCGUGUUCAUGGGCCGUGCCAAGCUGCCGAUGUCGCUGCGGCCAAAAGAUCGGCUCCAGUCGCUCGCCGCGAUCGUCAGCAAGAAGUCGCGUAGGAUCGUGUCGAGCGAGUCGCUCGGGGAGGAGGAGCGCGAGAAGAACAGCAAGCGCAUCGUGGAACGGCUAAAGCGGACGGCCGGGGGGGGCGGGGGCCCCGCGUCUCCGCAGGGGCAGAAGGGCAAAGGGAUGGACAGCUUCGAAGAGGACGCCGUCGCGGGGCUUAUGGUGCUCAGACACGCCGCGGAUAACGCGCCUGCCCGCCCCGAGCGGCAUCGCAGGAAACGCUCGCGAGUGAAGAGCAGCCCCACGGGCGCGCCGUCGAUGAACGUGCCCCCCGAGAAGAACGACGACGAGAGCACGCUGGCGGCGGCCAAGGUCCUCGUGGGGAAAACGGGCGUGCUGGGGGAACUAGAGGCGGAGGAAUUGGAGGAAGACGAUCGGGAGCGGACGGUCUCGGACGACGACGCGUUCUCGUCCGGUGCAGAGAAGAUUGGGCGCGAGGAGCGGCAGCUGCUGACGUCAUUGGGGGUGGGGGCCGGAAGGGGCGAGAAAGGGGCGGAGCUUGGGCUCUCUUCUGGAGGGACAAAGCGGGGGGAUCCCUCUGGCAGGGACCAGCGUGGACUGUCCUUAGGAAGAGGGAGGCGCAGACGAUCCCCUGGGCAAUCCUCUGGGGGGGAUAAGAGCGAGGAAGACAAGCCGCGGCGACCCGAGACUCGCACGAAGGAGGAGCGGCGAGUUACGCGGAAGCUCAGAGACUCGAGCGACGAGGAAGAGGUCUGGCGGCCGAGGAUUCGCGAGAGGGGGUUGGAUGGGAAGCGGGAGAAGAAGGGGGGGGAGAAAAAGCAGCGCCAGAAACCCCUCACGGAGGUGGUCGCUCAAGACGAAGCUCUGCCGAGUAAGGAAAAAGAGAGCGCGCCGAGCAAGCCCGUGGAGCCAGCAAAGCCGACCAACCCGUUGGCUGGCUGGAUCAAGAGACUCAAAGAGGGCACUCUGUUCGGGGGUCCUAGAGUGGCAAGCCCUGCGGCGGGCGCGGCGGCGCCGGCGGCCGAUGCAUCAAAGAGCAAGAAAGAAAAGGACGUUACGACGGAACAAAAGGAGGCGCACUCUGACGGGGAGUCUUACAGCAGCGACGAGCCUCUGGCCGGGGCUUUCCGGGUUCCUCCCAGCAAGCGUCCGUCUCAUGGGGGGAUUACCGUUAGCCCCGUGGUAACCGCCCCAGGGGGAAUGUCCCCCCCUCUGCCGUUUUCUAUUCCGGUGAUGGAAGAGGUCCCUGGAGGAAAGGGGCCAGCGGAACUGUCGGAUGAGGAGAUGGAGCAGCUGCCACUAUCGGCGCUCAAAGUGAGCAAGAAGAAGUCGGUCCUGGGGGCGGGCUUGUUGGGGGAUGUUCCGUUCAAGAGGCCGGAACUGGGCGGAAAGGCGGAGCCGGCGCUUGGGAAGAAGUUCAAGGCGUUGACGGGGGUAGGUGAGGUGCCGAAACUGGCAAAGCUGAACCUGCUGAUUGGGCUUCCGGUGACGGGAUUGGUGGCGCCAGGACUGAUCGGGAAGGGCGAAAUAGCGAAGAAAGGGACGGACGGUGUGGAGAAGGAAAAGAAGAAGAGGAAGCGGCGCGAGGAUCCGGACGGUGAAGGAAAGAAGCGGAAGAAAAAGAGCGCGCUCGCCGACGAGAGCAGGUCGGGGAGCCCCCCUGACGAGGGCAAGAGCGGAUUCGGGCUCGGGAUGAAGCGGCCGUGGCAGCCGGCGCUGCUCCGGCCGGCGGAGUUCGGCGGAUUCCGGCCGUUCGUGCCGGAAGUCAGCGCGCAGAAGGUGGUGGACGCUCUGAAGGGCGUGCGCAAGGGCCCGAAGAAGGCGCCCAAAAGCGGCGGGCUGGAGAAGUCGCUGCUGGGGCGACCGGAGAGUGAUUCCGGCGACGAGGAUGCGCCGAUCGGGCUCCUGUCCAAGAUGCGGUCGCCGGAGAAGAAGGCGCCCGAAAAGAAAGCGCCGGAGAGGAAGACGCCGGCGAAGAAACCGGUCAAGGGGUUGGUGCCCGAGCCGCUCCCUCGGGAUCCCGUCGAGGAGCUGAAAAAGCCGCGGAAACGGCGCCGGAAGGAGGAGGGUUUGCGCACCGUGAAGCUGGGCGAUGGUAUUUUGGCGCUUCCCGCAAACGGGGGGUCGAACGCGAGCGACCCGGGCUCGCUGACGGAGGCCAACAGCGGGUCGGAAUCGGAGGACGUGCCGAUCGGGCGGCGCGUGGGGGGUUACACGGAGAUCACCCAGGAGCGGCCGAACCACGUCAAUUUGGAGGAAGAGAUCCAGCGCGCGGUGCAGGAGUCGGUGGCGAUGUUGCAGCAGAUUAAUGAGGAGCAAGAACAGGAGGCGCGGAGGCGGAAGCUAAAGAAGGAAGAGCGGGCGGCGCGCAAGAAGCGGAGAAAGGAGGCUGGGGAGGGGCUGCGGGAGCUCGAGGAAAAGCUUGCUGUGGUGGGGGUGGAGAAGGCCGAAGGCAAGCCCCCCCGGAGCAAGUCGAAGUCCAAGCGCAACAAGGACAAGUCUGCUCGCCCAGCCACCCCCCUCACACCGUCCCAAGAACUGCCCCUGUUUGCGGACGCCGUUCCCUCUGCGGACGUCCCCUCUGUCCGGCUCGGCUCUCCGUCCCAACCGCGCUCGCGCCACGUGUCGUCCUCCAUGAACGAGUUUCUCGAGAAGCUCGGCCUCGGAGACUUUGCCGAGAAGGCGUGGUCCCGGAAAAAGUCUUCCCGCGCGGCUUCGGACGCUUUCGGGCGCUCUUCGGACGCUUUCGGACGCGGGGCCGACGACCUCGGACGCGCGUCGUCGGUGCGCCCCUCGUACACCGUCCUCACGGAAGAAGAGGAGUUCGAGCACGCGAUCCUGCAGUCCAAGCUCAACCGCGAGGAGCUCAGCGCCGCUUACCUUGCGCUGAAGUCAGCGCUCGACACUGGCCGCGUUCCCGCCCCCGAGACUCAAGAACGCUUCGACCUCAACACGGGGCUCUCUCUCGGGGGCCCUUCCCGCGGCGCCACCCCUAGCCCCGCACCCUUCAUGCAAGCCCUCCGCGAGGGGGGUUUGCGCAACUCUAGCACGCCCCCCCUGGGACGAGAAUCCCGGGAGCUCGGCGCGUUCUUCCGCGACAAGGGGGUCGUCAAGAACGGGAAAUGGCUGCCGAUGCACCACCCCGGGGAGAAGGAUGUGCUCGGGGGAGAGCCCCGGGCAGUGGAUCUGGGGCGCGAGAGUGAGGGGCUGUGGGGUAGGAGUGCGAGUCAUGGACAGCCGGAUCUGCCGGCCGUCAAGACCGGCCUGGCGCAGUUCCUGAGAGGCGGGAUGGAUGGGCGGGGCCUGCCAGCGGGGGUUGCAAGAGCGUCCUCACACGACUCCCACGACCGCCCUCUCCUCGACAAGACUCUCGACCUCAACCUGGCCGUCCCCCUCUCAAACCGCUCCUCCCCCACGCCGUCCUCCCUCUCCCUCCCCCCCCUAGUUGCGCCCACGUGGACCAACCUCACUGAGAAGGAGCUCCUCUCGCGCGACUGGGAACUGCCCACGUGGCUCCCCCCCCAGCUCGAGGGCCGCCGCGAUUCCUUCUCGAAUAAGCCCUACGCGCCGCCUCGUUUCAGCCCCCGGGACCAGACGGGGGUGUCGGGGCCCCCGCUCUUCAACGGUCCGCAGCCGGACGUGUGGAAGAACAAGAAGGAUUUGGACGGGCUGCUCAAUCCGGAGCGUCCGUGGCCGAACCUCUUGGGCCAGCGCCAGGAGGCGAUGACCCCCGCCGGGGGGGGAGACGUUGACGCGCGGACGGGUUUUCUCGGGAAGGGCGGGAGCGUUGCCCGGAGGGAGAGCCCCGGGUUUUUGGAGCUGCGCGUGCUGAGCCCCUCGGUGCAGGACCAACCGCUGUUCUCGGAGAAGGAGCUGAUGGAGUCGCGAGCGCAGGGGCUGGUCAUGGGAGGUGUAUCGAAGGACCCGCCUCAAACCCACAGCUUUUUGCGGCGUGACAACGUCGACCUCAUCAAGUCGGCGGACACGCUCCGGCGGCUGCUCGGGAAGAACGAGAACAUGACGUCACCCGCCAUUCGGUCGUAUGCGGAGGGUGUCAACAAGAUGCUCAUGGAGGGGAGCAAGCUCCUACCCGACCCGGAGGGCCAAACCAAUCCUCAGCAUCAUGACGUGGCCGACUCCACUAAGAGGAGUUUUGUGGGAGUGCCCGCCGCAUUUUUUCUACAACGAACGGCGUCGGGGGCGGACGCCGAACAACGAACGGUCCCAAACAUGGAGCAGGAAAAACCCAAGUCCUCUCCGCUACCUGGUUGGCUUGAAAUCGAGCGUCAGCGCCUACAGAAAGAGUGACGGGUAGGUGUGUACAGCAUCAGACAAUAAGUAGGUGUCCCAAUUCGUACAUUGGUCAGUGGCGAGAAGUUUGAUGGUUGCUGAAAGUACAUGGUCAAGGGAGGUAAUGGUAGCUCGUAAAUAGUAAAAUGUACAUUAUACUUUUAAGCAUGUGGACGGUCAUGUUUGGCCAUGUUAUCAUCCACGUGGAAAGUUUUGUGCUUUUUCUCACC